ACGGCUGUUGCCACAUGGUUGUUGCCUGUCAGUCCUGUGUGACGGACAAAUGGGUGGGUGCUCCGAAUGGAAACUCCGAGUCCCACCCACUUCUCUUAAAUACACUUACGCAGUAGACAAGACUGCGCGACGCACUUCAGGAAGAAUCUAACCAAUCCAAAUUAUGAGCUAUCCUGGAUACCCCCCCCAGGGAGGAGGAUACCCCCCUCAGGGAGCAUACCCACCACAGCCUGGAGCAUACCUCCCACAGCCCGGGUCCUAUCCCCCCCAGCCCGGAGCCUACCCUCAGGCAGGAGGUUACCCAGCAUACCCUCCUCAGGCCGGGGGCUACCCCCCUCAGCCUGGGGCCGGGGGCUACCCUCCACAGCCUGGAGCCUACCCUCCUGCACCUGGAGGAUUCCCCACUCAGCCUGGAGGCUUCCCACCAGCUCCUCCCCCUGGCACUUGGGGAGGCGGUCCCACUGGAGGUUAUCCGUCUAUUGGUCUUGGCGGCAUGACCAACCCUGGGUAUCCUGGAAUGGCCAACCAGACCCCACCUGGGGUGCUCUAUCCUGCUCUUCCAACCACUGGGGGGUACCCUGCAGCCCCACAUAUGGGGGGCUAUGGUGCCUCCUACCCUCCUAACCAACAGUCAUGUGGCCUGUACCCACAGCCAGGAGCACCCCAGCCUCAGGCACCAGGCAUGAACUACCCCGCUGGACCAGGGCAGCCCAUGCCAGGAUACCCUCAAGGGCCUUCACCCAACCCAACCAUGCCCGGCUUUGGAGGAGCACCAGCACCUACGCCUGGGUACCCCAAGGCCCCAUCACCUAACCCAAUGCCAGGUUAUGGAGGAGGGGCCAUGCCAGUCGUACCAAAAGUCAAUAAAGGAUUUAGGGGAACAAUCAAGGACUAUCCUGGAGCUGACCCUCUCAAAGAUGUGGAGGUCCUCAGGAAGGCCAUGAAGGGCUUUGGAACUGAUGAGCAAGCCAUUAUUGACUUACUGGGCAGUCGCUCUGCCAGACAGCGUGUGGCCUGCCUUAAAGCCUUUAAAACUGCCUAUGGAAAGGAUCUGAUUAAGGAUCUGCACUCGGAGCUGUCAGGAGACUUCCGGAAGCUGGUGAUGGCCAUGAUGAAGACCCCAACCCAGUUAGAUGCCUACGAAAUCAACAGUGCUAUUAAAGGUGCUGGAACUGAUGAAGCCUGCCUGAUCGAAAUCCUCUCCUCCCGCUCAAACGCUGAAAUUAAAGAGAUAAGCCGUGUUUACAAAGAAGAAUAUAAAAAGAGUAUGGAGGAUGCGAUCAGCAGCGACACAUCUGGACACUUCAGACGACUGCUGGUUUCUCUUUCACAGGGCAACCGUGAUGAAAGAGAACAUGUGGAUAUGUCUCUGGCCCAACAAGAUGCUCAGGCGCUGUAUGCUGCUGGAGAGAUGAAGCUGGGCACUGACGAAUCUAAAUUUAAUGCUAUUUUAUGUGCAAGGAGUAAGACCCAUCUUCGAGCAGUAUUUAUGGAGUACCAGCGCAUGAGUGGCAGGGACAUUGAGAAGAGUAUAGUCCGUGAGAUGUCUGGAGAUCUGGAGAGUGGCAUGCUGGCUGUCGUCAAGUGCAUUAAGAACACACCUGCCUACUUUGCUGAGAGGCUCUACAAGGCCAUGAAGGGAGCUGGGACUAAGGACCGAACCCUGAUCCGAAUCAUGGUCUCCCGCUCGGAAGUGGACAUGCUGGACAUCCGCAAGGAAUAUGUCAAGAACUAUGGGAAGUCACUCUACACGCAUAUCUCUGGGGACACUUCUGGAGACUACAAGAAACUGCUACUGAAGCUGUGUGGAGGAAAUGACUGAACGUUCUAUAAUAUUUUUUUUCUGUUUUCUGCACUUGUACCAAAGAAAAUGCUAUAUGCAAUAUGCCGUGCCAAUGCUGUCAAUGCAAUCUUUAUCUACAGUAGGCUUAAGAUAUAGCCUCACACAUAUCUACUCCAUGAAUGUGCUUGUUUUGUAUUUUAGCUAUUUCUAAAAGGAGAAAUUUCCAUAUAUUUUCACGCAACGUACAUAUUUUUACAUAUGUUUAGGUAGUAUUUUAGCAGUUAUAAUGAAAUGUAACUUACUAAUGGAAAUAUUGUAAGUAGCAGUCACCUUACCAUUGUGCUAAAUUUAGCAUGUUUCUCUAUGCAGCUCUGCUUUUCUGUUUUUGUUUACUAUAAAUGUUUGUGGACGCUUAUGUAUAAAAACAUAUCUUCACAUUUUAUGGAUAACGUAAUGUUUAAUUUAAGCAUAUAUGUUAUCACUGCUGAGGAAAUAUGGCCAGAUAUUUUUAAAUCACUGAGUUCGAAAGUUACAGGACCAGGAUGGCACUGGAGGAGCAGGUAGUAAAAUAAAUGUAAAAGAACUGAAUUGAUUGAAUUGUUGUAGUACUGGUAGUGAGGGUCUUUUUUAAAAAAAUCAGUUGUAAUGUUGAUUUAGUUGUACUAUUAACUACGAAAACUGCAAAAAAAUAAAUAAAUAUAUAUAUAUACAUACAUAUAUAUAUAUUAUAUUUUAUAUUCUGAAUUACAAAAGAUUAGUCAUUUCUAUUUUAUGUAACAUUCAGUAGAGGAUUUAAUUCAUGUUUCAACACUUGAAAUUUGAAAGCUCCACCCAUCCAUAAGUCAACUCAUUGAAUCAAGUUAAAUUAAUAUUAUUUAUACAAUUUAUUCUGUAAUCAAUGAAUUUCAACUAUCUAAUGUUUCAUUUUUGACGCCUAAUGUACAAUGGCGCUAAUCUAAUGUAGCUGUAAGUUGUGAAGCUGACCUAUUGUAAACUUCCUGCAGGGGGCGGUAGCGUGUCACACUGUAUAGUAUUCUAUAGCAUAGAUGCCUCUUAUUGUAAUGCAAGGCUUUUCAUGUCUUUUUUUAGACUUAAAUAUCUCCUUUAAUGCUGCCAUUACGUAACAUGCAUGAGCACACACAUGUAAGAGUUGCCACACCAACAAAUAAUAAACCCAUGUGAACGAAAAA